AUAAAAUCAUGAAUAACGAGCUUUUGCAAUUGUAAUUGAUUUUAUUAUCUUCUUCUGUGAUCACUUUAUUUUAUAUUUACGACCGAGAAUUGAAUAAACAAAAGAUUUCAAUCCUGUUCUCUAUUUGCAAUAUCAGCAUCUUUAUGAUUGAGACCAGGAUCAUUGGAAAUUCUUAGUGUAAAUAUAAUCUACAACAAUUAUUAGAUUUCACAAUAGCAGCAGCGUUCUUUCUGAUAUUUAAAUAUUAUUUGAAGAAGCAAGACGACAGCCACAUCCCCUAAAUAAAUAUUUUGAAUACAUAAAGUCCAAACAACACAGGAAAAUUGGAUCAAGAAAUGGAAUAAUACCCUUAAUAACUACCAGCCAUUCAAUCAAUAUAUGAGUGCAACUAGAACAUAACACCAAAGCAGAUUCCCAAUCCUAAUGAAAUCAAUAUUGGACGCUAAGCUACUACAGAAAGGAGUAAAUAACCUAUUAAACAGGAGUCUCUAAUGGGUUUCUUGGGGGACAAACGAUAGUCCUAUGCUAAGAACAGCAUUAGUGGAUUUCCUUAGAGACAAUAGACCAACCAGCUAAACCAAGGUAAGAAUAUCAAAAUCUAUUAAGUGAACUUCAAUGUGAUUAAGUUUUAAGAUGAUUGUGGAGAAAUCAAAUUCGGUCUUCUCAAGACCUUGAAAUCAAUUAAUUUUGAUUAACUCGGCAAGGAGAUUGAAAUUAUUUAUUAAAACGACAAAACCCUCACGAGAUUGUUAUCAAAUAUUGAAAAAAAGAGUGGGCCUAGAAUGCAGAUUCUUUAUGAAAGUCAAUAAGCACCAAAUCCUGUCAUUAAUGAUAACUUAAGAGGUGGUAUAUAAUUUGAUUAUAGUAAUAAUAAUGAUGCACUUCAAAUUGAUGAAUAAAAGAAGGUAACAUGGAAGAAGAUUUUUUAAGUAUUAGCCUGUUAGAUGAUUUUAAUUUGCAAUUUACUAAUUCUAGAACAAUGGUAAAUAAGAUAAACUGCUUUAUUUGCUUUCAUUUGUUUUAGAUAUAUAUUUGUUUUUUCAAAGUUAAAAGUAAAAUAAUUAGAAUUCUCUUUUGAAUUCAGGCAAAUUUUAAUAUGGAGCUCUCUAGUAGUUUUACCUUUGAUUACUUUAUUUUUUUUAAACUUCAUAUAGCAGAAUAUUGCAUCAUAAAUAACUUCCGUUGCCCAGUUGAUCUCAAUCAUGAUCACACUGAAAUAUUACAAUUCAUUAUAAGAGUAAUUAAUUUCAUUAUUUUAUUUAGUCAUUUGUAUUCAGUAACUUUUUAUAUACUGUUGUUGGCCGCAAUUCUUUGUUUUAUUUGAAGC